AUGCUUUCAGUAAAUUCUACUAACGCUAACAAACAACAAACAAUGCAGGAAACAUGGAAACGUACAAAGAAACUUUUCAUGCAGUUUUUGCCACUUACAGUUCUCUUUGCUGUAACCGACCUGCCAUGGGCAAUUCGUCAAGCACUCCGAAGUAUCUUUCCUGACUUUUUAAAUGGUAUUUCAGCAGAGUUGGAAGUCUUUUUAGCAUAUCUUACGGUAUUAUAUCAGUUGCUCAUUGUAUUUACAAUUUUCCUGAAUCAACAAGAAUUAAGAUCAAAAUUUCGACAACUAAUAAAAAAAAUGUGGAUGAAAGUGCGGAGAAGAAUAUUUGGAAUGAAUGCAGUCGAACCAUUGGCUCGAGCAGCUACCGUUGGAACAGCAUCAUACUUUCACUAA